UAUGGCACUUAGAGAUACAUGGCUUUAACCUUUGAGACUAGUGUCUCAAUGAUCUGGCAGGACACGUGUCUCUUCCUCACCCCUUCUCCUCUUCUCUUUUUUUUUUCUCUCAACAUUCUUCACAAACCUUGCUCCCUCAUGUCUUUGUUUCUGCUCAUGAACUACGAAGAGAUACACAAAACAACGCCAUCUGCUUCGGACAGUACAUUUUCAGGCGAUAUGGAGGAUGAAGAUGAAGAUGAAGUGGUGGAAUGUGAGUGGGAAGCAGCAGAGGUGUUAGCUUGUUUGUCCCAUUCCGUUAUUGGUGACAUUGAACUCGCUCAUAUUCGUGAGCAAAUUGGUUAUUGGGCAGUGAAAACAGUAACAGGAGCAAAGAAUAGACUUAAAGUUUGAAGAUAAGCAAGAAAUAGCCAAUCAGUCUGAAGAUGAAUCUGAUCUCAAAACAAGUUUUGUAUGUGCUUCAAAUUAUCCACUAGUUACCAGCACCAAAUCGAGGCAGGAAUUGACUGAGGCAGAGAAGGAAGGAAGAAGGCUGCGCCAUGUAUUAGCUAAUAGAGAAUCUGCCAGGUGGACAAUUCGCCGAAUACAGGUAUGCUGGUAUGCUCAUCCGAGCUAUUGUCUUCGGGAACACUACUUUAAUCCAUGCCUAUUCUUAACCAGUUAUAUUUCAAUGUCUGUUCCCUUAGACGUUCUGCCUUUAUAGGAUAACCUGUUGGAUCUUCUUAAAGCUAGAAAACUUUCCUUGAUAAUGUUGAGAGGAGUUCUCUUCAUAAGGUGUAGGGCCUUGUUGUCCAUGCCUCCCCGGUGUAGUUCUUGUAACUAAGGUCAUUUUGCUAGUUUUAGGUUAUUACAUACCAUUCCUAGCUGAGUAGGAAUGACCUAUUUCUCCUUUUCUUGGGAUGUCUUUUGUUUUCUGAGGUGGACGCAGCUGGUUCUGUUUCAUUAAAUAAUAGUAGAAGAAAUUUUUAAAACUAGGAAAACUCUUUUCUUUUCUGAUGUCACAUAAAAGUUUUGCAUAAUUUCAUCAUAUUCCUCACAUACUUUCUAACAUUCACUGACACUAUUAUUGAGCACCAUGCUUCAAUUAGCAGCAUUUUUCCUAAUUUUACCCUUGGUCCACGUGAUAACAUUUUUCUGUUAUGGAAUAUCCUUCUUCAUGACAUAUCAAAUGGGAAGAAAAGUAGGCACUGCCUUCUAAGGGAUAUAUACAUCUGAUGCAUUUCCUCUUAGGAUUCCAGCUUGCCACCUCUUUUUAGCUUGUAAGCUUAGGCCUCUAACUAAGUGGGCUUUUGAGUCCUACAUGAGGGCACAAAUUUAUUUAAUUGAGGGUGCUUUAAGAUUUUUGAAUUUCAUUAUUGAAGUGCGUGACCAUCUCAUCUAAAAGUCUGGCUUAAGCUGUUAGAUUGAACAGUUUUUUAUUUACUUAAUUAUACUCUCAAGACGCCCCUUCACGUGCGAGUUUGCUUCUUUUUUAUGGGAUAAGCAUGUGAUUUUUUUUUUGAUAAUGGGGUGGCAGUGAAACUUAACUCAAGACCUCUUCUGCCUACUUUGAUAUCAUAUUGAAGCAUGUGACCAUCUCAUCUAUAAGUUUAAGUUUAAGAUGUUAGAGAGAGCACACUUUUAUUUUAUUUUAUCGUAUUAGGGUAGAAGGCUAGUAGGUAGUCGCGUUUAUCCUUUCUUACGAGUAGUUUUAUUGCUCUAUAGUUUCUUGUCUCUUGAUUUCUGCGAGUAUCUGUUGGUUUAUAAUGGCUUAUUUACUUUCAUUGUUUUCAUUUUCAUAAUUGCUUUGAUUUGUUUGCCCGUAUCUGACCUUUCAUAUGCCUUUUCUUGAGCCGAGGGUCUUCCGGAAACAGCCUCCCUACCUAAGGUAGAGUUAAGGUCUGCGUACACUCUACCCUCCCCAGACCCCACGUUGUGGGAUUCACUGGGUAUGUUGUUGUUGUUGUUGUUAUAUUCUCAACAUUCAUAAUUCAGUUUGAAGUCAAAUUGAAUUCUAAAUAUUCAGGUCAUUGGAUUAGGCGAAGACGUCAAGGUUAUUCUUGUUGAUAUCCUAAAGAGAGCGGAAAUUUUCGGCUUAGAAUUUUAUAAAGAGAGUUGUUUGGUCCUACUCUCUUAUCUUAUUUUGAUGCUCCGAGCUUGUUAGGUGUACAUUUAAUAGCUUUUCUCAUCACUUUCUUUGAAGCAUUAUUCUUAGACAGUGUUUAAGGCAGCUUCCCUCCCUUUAAUGAGUGAUUAAGCAUUAUUCUUAAAAGGAAACAGCAAAGUUUUUGUAUGAAUAUCUCGUCUUGAGCUCUUUCUUAAGCAGAGUUGACCAAAUCUUGUUAGUUGGAAAACCGCAUGAAGGUUGGUCUGGACUAGAAAAUUGAUGUUAAAGGCUCAGAUUUCUGAAGUAUCCUCCGUGAUUGGCAUAAAGACUUGAUUUUUUCUUUUUCAGAUACUACGAGUUAAAUGCAAAUUGAGGUUAUCAUCUGGCGCAAACAAUUAUUUAUUCUACCAUACAUGAAAAAAAAUUAUGCAUUAACUGAAGCAUGAAAAAAAAAGCACGGUUAUGCCUACACUUGCUGAACGGCUUCAUGAAUCAUGACAAACUAAUUGAAGCAGUUGGUGAACUAAUGGAGUUUGUGCUGGUGCUUUCAGGACUCUCCUUAGAGAGCAUAACGUAAUAUGUUUUUCUUUUUAACAUGGUAUAGUUUGGAACAAGGCAACUAAUUUGGAGUCUGUAGUGAGCAGGCAGCCCAAGGACAUUACAUCCCAAUAAAAUGUCAUUUGGGACUUGCAUUUCUACCCUUAUUACCUGUCUUACAACAAAAUAAUCUGCUUAACAGGACUGAUGAUUGACAA